AUGACCAAGCCCACCCUCGUCGUCCGCCUGCACCUCAAGACGUUCGUCGACGUCAGCCUCCUCGACAAGCCGGCCCUGGCGCCGCUCCGGCGCCUCCUCGUGAACUACCCCCUCUUCAUUAGCGUCGAGGACAACGUCGUCACACUCACGCUCGGCUCGCUCAUCCGCGACGGCCUCCUCAAGCUCGACGAGGCUUUCUUCCCCGAGCUCAUGCGCGCGCUCAACCGCUCCCCCAUUCGCCAGGUGUGGGUCGAGGCGCCCACCGAGUCCACGGGCCACCGCCUCACCGACCACCGCCGCCGGUUCGUCACGUACCUCAUCGACACGCUGCACAACCCCGGCAUCACGAGCCUCCUGGUCGCCAACGUCCCCGUCCACCACAUCCACGACCAGCUCGUACGCUACCUCAAGUCAGGGCGCAGCCACGGCCUCCACUUCCUCAAGAUCUUCGGACACGGCCAGCCCACCGACUACUGGGCCCGCUGGAUGACCGCCAGCAUCAUCCCCGUCAACAGCACCCUCCUCCAGAUCACGGUGUGCAACUGUGCCUCUCCCACCGAGGACGAGGGCUGCGGCUGCCCGCAGACCUUCCGCGGUCACACGGCGACCAGCCACGUCCUCCUUGCCAACGCCCAGAAGAUGCUCAUCCGCAACCAGGCCGCCGCCAAGUUCUUUGUGCAGACCUUCACGACGUCGAAGCUCUUCGCGCCCCACACCCCCACUCCUCCGGGUGCGGCCUCGCCGACCGUCGGCAACUCGUCCUCGCCCGUCGCGCCUUCCAGCCCUUCCACAGUCAACGGGGUUCUUCCGCUCGAGGUCAUCCGCCUCGUCCUGUCGUACCUCGAGGUCGAACCCAUCACCACGACUCCCACCGAGGCCCAGAUUCGCGCGCUUCUCGCGUCUUUCGCCAUCCAGCCCGCCCCCUACACCGACACGGUCAUCUUCAUCGUUGCCCCUCCUGCCGAGGCUCCGAACGCUCGCGCCGGCCCGCCUGCCCGUCCUGCCGAGGUUGCGAGCCCUCCCACCGGCCCGCCGGCCCCGGCUGCUCCGCCUGCCCCCGCACCCAUGUCGCCUCUCACCGACGACGAGAUGAACCGCAUCAUCAAGUACGCCCUCUCGAGGCGCGGGCUCGGUCGCAUGCUGGAGGCGCUCUGCUUCGGCGACGAUGAGGAGGACUACAACCGUGACGUCAACCGCCACGAGUUCUUCAAGCAGAUCCUCGCGGCUCCCAUGGCCAACCUGCGCGGCUUUGAGCCCUUCGAGUCUAUCAACUACGACGCUGCAUAG